AUGGAUGCAGGAGGCUGCUCCGGCAUCGGUCUCGGUCUCGUCCGCCAUCUCCUCUCCUCCCCCUCCGACCAACAACAACAACAACAACAGUGGCGCGUCGUCCUCGCGGACAUCCGCCCCGAAGCAUACGCCGCCAUAUCAGCCACUCUAGACCCUGCGCGACACACGUUCAUCCACACGGACGUCGCCUCCUGGGACAGCCAGGCUUCCCUCUUCCGCCGCGCGUACGACUGGGGCGGCGGCAAGAUCGACUUCUUCGCAGCCAACGCCGGCACCGCGGAGCGCGAGCAUAUCACGCUAGGCAAUCCGUUGCAUGCCGAAGAUGUGGACGACGAGCCGACGCAGCCGAACAUGCUCUGCACGCAGGUGAAUCAGAUUGGCGUCUUUUACGGGCUGAAGCUGUUUGUCCAUUAUACGCGGAGGACGGCGAAGCGGUUGAAGGGUGGUUCCGCGGAAGCCACGUCGGGCGGCAGUAGUGACAGUGGGACUUUCGUUCCCAAAAUGGUCAUCACGAGUUCUUGUUCGGCAUUGUAUCCCUUCCCGGUGGCGCCAGAGUAUUGCGCAACGAAACACGCCGUCCUCGCCCUGACGCGAAGCCUAGGCCCCUUGGUGUAUGCCACCGACGGGAUCGCCCUGAACUGCAUCAUGCCCGCCUACGUCGCGACGAACCUGACACCAAAGGAAGUCACGGACCUGUGGCCCAAGGAGUGGAUAACGCCCGUCGAGACGGUGAGUAUGGCCAUGUGGACCUGA